AUGAUCAGACGUACAGUCUUACCGUGGUACGUCAGGAUAGAAGAGGACGAUGAGUGUUUUGAGACUGCAGAGAGUGGCAAGUGGGAGGACGUGGCGAGGUCUCAUCGUGACCUUGCCCUAUCUAAGAAAACUCCGUCGGGUAUGGCUAGUGGGCACUAUACUAGCCCCGAGCAGGUGUUUCCAGCGACUGCGCAGAUGACAGGACUAGGUGCUAUCUUGGACGCCUUGGUCGGUCGUGUUCGGUGGAGCUCAAUUAGUGUGACUAGCGAACUAGACGUUCUCUUUGGAAAGGACCAGGCUGCUGGGAUCAAGUUCGUAUAA